AAAACCACACCGUCUUCUUCCUAGAGAAGAAUUACCUUACAUUCUCUCUGGGGUGUACCGGUGAAGGAAGAAGGCAGCCAUGAGAAUUCAAGAUCCAGCCACGCACAACAACAACAACGAUUCCUCUAAGAAUUCCUCUAUUGAUGAAAAACUAGCAAGGCAGAAGGCAAUAGAUGACUGGCUUCCAAUUACUUCUUCAAGGAAUGCAAAAUGGUGGUACUCAGCCUUCCACAAUGUCACGGCCAUGGUUGGAGCCGGUGUCCUCGGUCUCCCCUUUGCCAUGUCCGAGCUCGGAUGGGGUCCUGGUGUGGUAGUAUUAAUCUUAUCAUGGAUUAUUACUCUGUAUACUCUCUGGCAGAUGGUGGAGAUGCACGAAAUGGUGCCUGGCCGGAGGUUUGACAGGUACCAUGAACUGGGCCAAUAUGCUUUUGGCGAGAAGCUUGGUUUGUACAUUGUGGUACCACAGCAGCUUGUGGUUGAGAUCGGUGUAUGUAUAGUCUAUAUGGUCACAGGAGGAAAAUCACUCAAAAAAUUUCAUGAUCUUGUUUGUCCUGACUGCAAGAAGAUCAAACUCACCUUCUUCAUCAUGAUCUUUGCCUCUGUCCAUUUUGUCCUCUCCCAUCUCCCUAACUUCAACUCUAUCUCUGGCGUCUCAUUGGCUGCUGCAGUCAUGUCCUUGAGUUAUUCUACUAUUGCUUGGGCAGCCUCAACAGCCAAGGGUGUGCAAGAAAAUGUGGAGUAUGGAUAUAGAGCAACAACACCAGCGGGAACUGUAUUCAACUUCUUCAGUGCUCUUGGCGAUGUUGCGUUCGCCUAUGCUGGACACAAUGUUGUUCUCGAAAUCCAAGCAACAAUCCCAUCAACGCCUGAGAAGCCAUCAAAGGGACCGAUGUGGAGAGGUGUUGUUGUUGCUUACAUUGUUGUUGCUUUGUGCUACUUCCCUGUUGCUCUAGUUGGCUACUGGAUGUUCGGAAAUUCUGUUUCCGAUAACAUUUUAAUCUCAUUGGAGAAGCCUGUUUGGCUUAUUGCUCUCGCCAACAUGUUCGUUGUUGUCCAUGUUAUCGGUAGUUACCAGAUAUAUGCUAUGCCAGUGUUUGACAUGAUGGAGACUUUACUGGUCAAGAAGCUGCAUUUCCGGCCCACCAGACUUCUUCGUUUCAUCGUCCGGAAUAUCUAUGUUGCUUUUACAAUGUUCGUUGGUAUUAUCUUCCCCUUUUUCGGAGGCCUUCUUGCAUUCUUUGGCGGAUUUGCUUUUGCCCCAACAACAUAUUUUCUCCCUUGCAUUAUGUGGCUUGCAAUCUACAAACCAAGGAGGUACAGCUUGUCCUGGUGGACAAACUGGAUCUGCAUCGUGCUCGGAUUUGCAUUGAUGAUCGUGUCGCCAAUCGGAGGAUUAAGGACAAUCAUCCUACAAGCCAGGCACUAUGAGUUCUUCUCUUGAUUGUCUCAACAAAUGUACAUGACGGUGAGUAAUCGGGGGGAUCGUAAAAGAACACAAGAAACAGGAAGAGAAUAGGAAAGAUUGUUUUUUUUGGACAAGAUUAAUUACAGGGUUUUUCUGGAUCAUUUGUACCUUUCCUAUUUAUGUAAGGGGAAACUGGAAAAAUUUUCUUCACAUGGUUGCUGAUUUUCUCUAUGUAUUAGUUUACUUA